AUUGAAUGAAAUUCAUUCGUUAAAAUUAAAAGUGUUUUUGUUUGGAUUUGGAUUUAAUUAAUUUGCUUUCAGUUAAUAAUUAUUCUCAAUUUAAAAUGUCAACCAUCUCAUCUGGUCGGAGAACAAGAACAGAUUCAAUUCUCAAGCUGAUCAAUUUACUAAAAUCUGAAGAAUUGGCUGAUAAGCAAAUUUUUCCUCAAGUUGAAUUAACUGCUCUUGAAGCUGCUCUUAAAGAUGAUCUUGGUCGCCAUCAAUGGUUCCAUAAUUUGAUUAAUAUUGUUGUUUCUGAAGCUUGUCCUGUAUCACAAGAGGAACUUGACUCAUACUCUUCAUCGACAGCCUCAGGUCCUUUCAAUCCAGCUGAAUAUGAACUAAUCAAGGCUGAAGUUCAACAUCUUGAAAGUAAUAUCAAACGGCUAAAAAGUCAAAUGGAUCUAUUACAGGAAAGAUAUUGCCAAUUGGUGAAAUUAAAGGAAACAGCAAAAGAGACUAAACUUAUCACUGCCGAAUUGAGGUUGAAAAGUGCUCUCCAAGAAGUUCAACGGUUUAUUGAUAAAGAUUCUGUUUUCAAUGAUCCAUAUGAAAAUGUAGCUCAACUUGUUGAAAAAUCUAAUGAAUAUUUCAAGGAAGUUACUGAACUCGAUCGAGAUCGUCUACUAGAUAGUUUAUCUUUGGCUUCUUUCUCUCAGAAUCAACAUGAUGUUCUUCAAUAUUUUCUUCAUCAAUUGGGAAUUUUGUUCAUCCGAGUACAGGAUAAAUUGGAAAAAUUUAAAGAUCAUUGUAACAAGUUGCGAGUAUAUUUCAGUGUUAAUCUAAAAAAAGAUAUUCUUUGGAGAAGUGAAUUUGAAUCAUUCAUCAGCGAGUUGGACAAAUGUCCCUUACAACAAACAACCAUAAUCGAAAGACCCAACAGUCCUAAAGAAGUUCUUGACACGGAAGCUUGUUGGACCACAAUUGAACAAAUCCGAUUAAUGAAUGGCAAAUAUAUUGAUUACACCAAAAAACUAAAUGAUUUUACCGAUAAAAUCAAAACCAUGAUUGAUUUAUCCCUCAAACGCUGAUGUAUUGUCAUCAAAAUAUUUUUUUGCCAUUUGAUCCCAUUUUCAAUUGAGCUGUAACUUUAAAAUUGUGAUAGUGUGAAAAAAAUCCCAAAAAAAACAAAA